GUUACUUAGUAUUUUUUUAAUGUUAAAAUUGAUAAGGUAAUACACAAAAGGCUUUAAAAUUCACAGAAAAGAAAGUUAAUCAAAACCAUCUGUUAAAUGUAUCUGUUACGGUCGAGUUUUUUUUUAUAUAUUAUCGUAAUUAGUUAAAGUUUGAUUGCAAACAAAAAAACACAAUGCUCAUGCAAUAUUCAAGUAAAAAAUGCAUAUAAGACAGAAUUCCCACAUUUAUAUUCUUAUAUAUAAAAGUUUUGCAAAAAACCCAAAAUGAGGUAUGUGCGUGAUGUGUAGCAUAAGAAAGGCAUGACAUAAGGCAGUUCGAAAAAACCUGCCUUUUCUCCAACAUUUAAUGCACAUUGGCCGCUUAUUCUGGGCCCCACGAUUAGCCACGUGUCAUUUUCUUAUCAAGGGACCCAGUUCGGUACUCGUAUGCACACACAAACCUAACACCUAUUUCUUCUUGCAUCUUAUAUGAUACACCUUCACUCUCCAAAAUAUCAAAAUCCUCUGCUUACAUAUUCUCCCUUGAGUAUCAUGAGACGGUCUUCGUAGAAUAACUCAUUUGAAAAUAGCGAGUUGAUGGAAAACAUGGGGGAUUCGACCAUAGGGCCGGGUCAUCCGCAUCUUCCUCCCGGGUUUCGGUUUCACCCGACCGACGAAGAACUUGUAGUUCAUUACCUCAAGAAGAAAGCUGCUUCUAUUCCACUACCGGUCUCAAUCAUCGCCGAGAUUGAUCUUUACAAGUUUGAUCCUUGGGAGCUUCCAAGCAAGGCGAGUUUUGGAGAACAAGAGUGGUACUUCUUUAGUCCUAGAGAUCGGAAGUAUCCCAAUGGGGUUAGGCCGAAUCGGGCAGCAACUUCUGGUUACUGGAAAGCCACGGGAACCGAUAAACCAAUAUUUACGUGCAAUAGUCACAAGGUUGGGGUCAAGAAAGCGCUUGUGUUCUAUGGUGGAAAACCUCCUAAAGGGAUUAAAACUGAUUGGAUCAUGCAUGAAUAUCGCCUCACUGAUGGUAACCUUAACACCGCUGCUAAGCCACCCGACUCAACCACGUCAAGGAAAAACUCACUACGGCUAGACGAUUGGGUUCUUUGUAGGAUCUAUAAGAAGAAUAGUUCACAAAGACCAACAAUGGAGAGAGUAUUACUAAGAGAAGAUCUCAUGGAAGGAAUGCUCUCAAAAUCAUCUGCUAAUUCAUCUUCCACAUCGGUCUUAGACAACAACAACAACAAUAAUAAUAACGAAGAACACUUUUUCGAUGGUAUGGCCGUUUCUUCAGACAAACGUUCCUUGUGUGGUCAGUAUCGUAUAGGUCAUGAGGCCUCUGGAUCAUCUUCUUUCGGGUCCUUCUUAUCGAGCAAGAGGUUCCAUCAUACGAGUGAUAUCAAUAAUGACAACUACAAUGUCUCAUUUGUCUCGAUGCUUAGUGAAAUUCCUCAGAGUUCAGGGUUUCAUGGAAAUGGAGUCAUCGAUACGAUGUCGACUCUAGCUGAUCAUGGGGUUUUAAGACAGGCGUUUCAGCUCCCUAACAUGAACUGGCACCCAUAAUCUACAUAGCUAUGUAUGUAUGUAUUUAUGCAGACACAAUAUAGUUGAUACAGUAUAUAGAUAAAUUUAUAUAUACACACGUGAUCUCACAUAUGUAUGCGUAUCUGUUUACGUCAAGAAAGGUCUAUACGUCUCUUUCUACUCCAUGGUUGCAAGAUGUAUACUAAUAACAGAAGCAGAUUAAUUACAGCUAUGAAAGUGUAUUUUCCUCCUAGAAUCAGCUAGAUAAUUUUUUU